GAAACUCAAACCCGUUUCCAUAAUCUAAUAACAAUGUUUGUCGCUGUGUUUUCUCUGGACGAGCCCCACCAGCAUCCCCAUCCACGCUCCUGUCACCAUCUGCAGCAGCAGCAGCAACUGUCGCAGCGGCAGGGAGGGAGCGGCAAGCUGUAGCUGUGUCCGCGAGGAUGCGGCGCGCACAAUAUAUUCUGCCCAGUGCUCAGUUUGAAAAUUGCUGCGUCCUGAAAUCGCGCCACCUACGGUAUCAAGGGGAAUAAGCACGAUUGGGCCUAACGAGUCUCCUGUCGCAAAAGAGCUGGUGAAAGGGGACGUAACUCGCCUCUUCUUCCUCUCCCUUCUGUGCUCCUCUCGGAGUGAGUGCCGCACGUCAGGGGUUCGAGACGCAGCGAAACAUGAAGUCGGCCUGAAAAUAAACUAUGUGCACCGGAGGUACAAGAAGGAUGGUUCUGGACCCUCGUGUUACUCUCGUCUGCUUGGUCAUCUUUCCUGGUGUUGCCUCGGAAACUGUUAACGGGUUAAGGGUGAAGGCGUUCAAGGGCCUGCACCACGUGCAAGAGCUGGAGUGCUCUGGCGAGGACCUCGACUCCGACACCAACGUGUUGCUGAUGACACUCUUCAGCUUCCCCAGCGACAAGACCAUCGCCUCGGCCAACCUGGGCGGCGACCAGUGCUCCACCUCCGCCAUGUUCUCGUCCUGUGUGCUGGACAGGGCCAACUCUCGUCGCACGAGAAUCAGGACUCUUCUCCUCGACUUCCGGGAUGGUGACGUGCUAAAGUUCGGCUGUAACGUCACCACCGCCAGGUCAGGGGGCAGGGCUUAUUUCAUCUCCUGGUCGUUGACUGUGAAAAUUACAAGUAAGUUAUGACUAGGCGGCCUUUGUAAAUAUAUUAAGAAAAACAUUUUGACAUUGUUAUUUGUUGUGUGUAUGUGAGCAUGCACGUGUCAUUUUUUAAAGCUUG